AAUGACAUUUGUCAAUGUCAACAAAAAAUUGCUAACCUUCAUUCUUUCUCUUCGAGUGAGAUUUAUGGAUUUAGUGAAAUUAAAUCGCACCUUUUAAUUGUAGUGAUUUUUUGCUAAGUUCUAAAACAUAUUUAUUCAUUUUAUUUUAAAUGUACGCGUAUUAAAUUUUGAUCUGUGUACCUAUUUUUUUCAGUACCUAGGUAGUGCGCGCCGGUGAAAUUGUGAUCAUGGCGAAUCCGUCAUCAGGCGUUGUGGUGCCACGAAACUUUCGUCUUUUAGAAGAGCUUGAACAGGGCCAAAAGGGAGUGGGCGAUGGAACAAUUUCCUGGGGUCUCGAGAGCGAUGAUGACAUGACACUCACUCACUGGACUGGCAUGAUUAUUGGCCCCCCUAGGACUCCUUAUGAAAAUAGAAUGUAUUCACUUAAAAUUGAAUGUGGCACGCGAUACCCUGAUGAGCCGCCCACUGCCCGUUUCAUUUCUAGAAUCAACAUGAACUGUGUCAAUAGUCUGACAGGACUUGUUGACAAUCGGCAAGUCCCAAUCCUUGCAAGAUGGCAACGGGACUACACUAUCAAGACAGUUUUGCAGGAGCUAAGACGUCUCAUGACACUCAAGGAGAAUAUGAAGUUAUCGCAGCCACCUGAGGGAAGCACUUUCUAGAUUUGUCUUAUUAAAAUUUGUCUCACUCAGCCCAAUCUACUUAUAAAAUUCAUGAUUUGUAUUGCCUCUAAUAAACCAUUCAUUUACCUGAUUUUGUACACAGUGUAAGACAAACACAUAUAAAUUUUUUUGACUUGUGUAUAUGUAUGUAAUGCUAUGCUAGUAUUGUAUCUUAGUUUUAAUGCAUUUAUUUUGAAUUAGUCUUGUGCUUUAGCAGAAUUUCUUGUUUGUUCACUUUUGUAGAUUGGGGGAAAAGCAAGGAUCCUUUUUGAUUGGCUCUUCAAUACCCACAUAGAGGGUAACACCGAUUUAUUUAUCAAAUUACCUAAAUUAUUGUGGCCUUUAAAAUGUUAAACUUGCUUUUGGUAUUAUUAAGGCUAGUUUUACUGAUUCUUGAUUUUAGGUAAGUGAUCUUGUGCCUUGGCUUUUGAACAACUGUUUAAAUGCUGGCAUGCAAAUGAUUUCAUAAUAUGAAAAAUAUAGUUGUUUGUGAGUAGAGGCACAAUGUAUUUUUAAAACCUAUAUCUCAUACCAUGUCUGAAUAAUAAGUCAUCAUUUUUAUUUCUAUAAAAUUGUCUUAUUGAUUGAAAUGGAAAACAUUGCUUAAUUUUUCUAAUAGUUUUACAUGAUCAAGUGUAAAAUAUUGUAGGAAAUUUUUAUUUCUUAGAGACAUAAGAUAAAGUACUACUGGUUCACUUAAAUGCUUUCAUACAAUAUCAUUAUUGCAUAUAAUGCAGCAACAGUUUGACUACAUUCCGCAAUGCAGGCUUAUUUAAUAUUGGUUCUCAAACCUUGUAUUCAAUUCCUCAUUGUACUAAUUCUUAUACAACUAAUAUCCAACAAUUUAUUAUUAUAAACCAAAUGCUAAAGUCAAAUUGUUUCAUAGCAUUAAAUACUUUUACCAAUGUGUAACUAGCAAAGGUAAAUAAAUCAAAUACAACUUA